AUGAACGAUAUACUGCCACACACGGAACAUGGUCUCUUCGCUGACGAUAGUGCUCUAUGGACAACAUCCAACACCCUGACCAGUCUUGCACAAAGGCUAGAACAAUCCAUAGAUGUAUUCGAAAGUUGGUGCAAAUCAUGGAGGCUGAAACUACAGCCAACAAAGACCGAGAUUAUCCACUUUAGACUUCACCCAAGAAAGAAAUACAAGCAUUCAGUAGAAGUGAAAGUCGAAAAUACUACCAUCAAACCUCUGGAUGCAACCGGAUACUUGGGUGUAAUUAUCGACAAAGAACUGAAGUGGAGAAAUCAUCUUCAACAUCUCGAAUCGAAAAUGACUGGACGCAUUAGUCUUCUACGAUACUUAGUCAAAUCAGCGCAAGAACCUAACCAAAAGACGAUGAUAAACAUCUUCAAAGCGAUUGCAAGAUCAGUGAUGACAUACGGAUAUCCAGUUUUACUAACAGCAAAUGAGAAAGUAUGGGAUCGACUUCAAAUCAUCCAAAACAAAGCGCUCCGCGCUACCCUCGGCCUGUCGAUCGAUACUUCUGUCGAAUAUGUACAUCGGAUAUCCAAAAUACCGACAAUCAAAGAAUAUGCAACAUCACUGCUCCACAAGUCUUUUAACACAGCAUCAUCAAACAAAGGUCAAACGCUCCUCCUCAGGUCGAACAAUUCCAUACUCGGAUCCAAUAUAGGAUUUCAUCAGAUCCGAUCGGAUCCAGCAUCGGAUUUGUUGACCUGGGAUUCUUUCUGA